AUGAUCCACAUAGCUGUCUCAUCUGUGCAGACUGGCAGGUUAAUCCGUGUGUUUUCUGCGCGCGACUACGAGGCCCGGGAAGGCCAUGGAAAUGAUGGCGCAGUGCUUCUGAUCACCAAAGGCAAGCCACGCAGGAAGGAAGAUCCGAAGCAGUUGGAUGACUUGCUCGUGGUGCGUCCUCAAGUUCUACGGUCUGUGAAAAAGCAGAGAGCAGAGGCAAGGCGGCGAGCCAUGGAAAGUGGCGAGGCUCAGUCUUCGGACCCUGGAGAACUCGAAUUCACCAGGAGCCGGUGCCGAAAUCAUUCGAAUUCAUCAUUUUCAGUCGAUUUUAAUGGGAAAUCAUGGUAA